UCACAAUCUGGACCAUGAUCAUGAGGAAUCUGUUACUACCACUGAGUUAUGAACUGCACUGUAGCUGGUUGAUGGUGCUGUUGAUGCUCGCAGCUAGUAGUAGUAUCAGCAAUGGCUUAGUACAGCAGCAGACGACGAUUCAAGUUUGUCAGAAUAAAGAUUGCUGCAAGCGAUAUCAGCAAGCACACAAUUCGAUGGAUCUCGUACAGACAUUUCGAGACCUGUUGGCACCCAGUACUAUUACUAUUAAUAGUAGUCAACAACAGCAACAACCACAAUUCGUGGUGGAGGCUAGUGGAUGUCUGAGCCAUUGUGGCAGUGGACCCAAUGUGGCCAUCAUCACACCAGACGGCUCGUCGUCCAGCAACAACCAAGAGACUGUUCACAAUCACGUCGAAACUCCCACUAGUGCCGCCGCCAUUCUCCCGGUGGAACCACAUCCGACGCUGUUGGCGGCUGUCACCGUCAUGGAAAAGGCACACAAAGCCACAGAGACAGACAAGAAACUCCAUCUACUCAACUCGGUCAUUAACAAAUUGAAUAGCAUUCCAGAAUUGGCCGAAUCCGCUGCCAACGUUCAUGCCCACACGUUGCGCGCUCAAGUGCAUUUGGAGACUAGCAACAAUCAUAGUGUGGAGUUGGCCAUGCACGAUAUUCAACAAGCCAUUGCCAUGAAUGCCAAAAAUCAACUCCUUCCGUUGCCCGCCAAUGCAUGGAGGAUACUAGCGGAUGCGCAAGAACAAUCGGGAAAUAUACCCGCGGCCAUGGCGGCAUUGCGACAAUGGGCACAACUCAAUCCAUCCUAUGCUACCAAAGUCGCCAAGGAAGUUUCCAGAUUACAGCAGCAGUUGUAGCAUGCACUGUGAUGACAUGACAAUGCGGUGACAAUAGUAUAGACCCAUUCAUAGACAAUAAAUCAAUCUAGACGAAAACUGUAAUUAGACUC